AGGUCGAGUUUGCACAAUUAUUUGAACUAUAAGUAGUACGUGUGAUACAAACAAAGUCCAAUACUCAUCCUCCAUAAACUUAUAUUACUAGGAUAUAAAAGUACUUCAACAAACAUUUUAAUUUCUUCCGUUUUGUGGAUUUUUUAAGGUUAAAGGUCGUUUAAUGGUCGUUAUUUUUCAUUAUGGUUUUAUAAUGAAUUAUGUCUUCUCAAAAGCAUACUGACGCCUACAAUUCGAACUGUUCCACUGGAAUUGAAUUUAUGAAUAUUAAACAUUGAUCGCUUACAGGUAUCGAUUGUGACGACUGUGUUAUCAGAAAAGAAGAAAUGAUGUGAGAGGUGUUAUAAAAUAUUCUAAUGUUAUUCUUGUCAUGGAUAUAUCAUAACAAUAAAAAUGAAAUCUCUGAAAUAAGGUAAACUGUGUGUCAUCGGUUCUGAAAAAAAAUGUAAACUGAUUUUCAGGAUAGAAGUGAGAGCUAACAUGAUUGGGAUCGAAGGAAGAUGUCAUUACGUCAACGUUGUCUUCCUGCCCAUCGAAUAUAUAGAAACUUGCUGAUGACAAUAUUUGCUACAUCAUGUUUUCUUUGUUUUACUUUAUUUACGCACCCGUUAAUAAUGGUGCAUAAUAAUUGUGUACAUUGUUCUGUUUCAAAUAACUAUUUACAAGAAAUCGUUCACGAAAUUUACACAAAUGGAUCAUCAGCCAAACAACCCAUCAACCCAACCAAUAUCGAAUAUAUUCAUGAACCAUUGCAUGUAUGUGAUCUGCAUAUAGGGCAGAAUUUUUUAUUAGUGCUAGUGAAAUCAGAUGCUUCGAAUAUAGCUCAUCGAAUGUCCAUCAGACAAACAUGGGGGAAUAUAUCUCAUCCUCAUAUAAAAGUUAUAUAUCUUCUAGGAUAUUAUAGUGUUGUUCAGGAUAUGAUUGAUUUAGAAUCCAAAACAUACAAAGAUGUUUUACAAGGAGAUUUUGUUGAUAUUUAUGAUAACAAUAUGAACAAAACGGCUAUGGCAUACCAGUAUGCUGUAGAAAAUUGUGGCAAUACUCAGUUUCUGUUUUUCGUAGAUGAUGACUUUUUCAUAAACAUUUUGAAAGUUAAUAAGUAUUUAAAAACACUACCUGAUACUCUCAAAUCGACACUGUUUUCCGGAUGUAUCAUAAAAAGAGCGAAGCCGUUUAGGAAUAAAUCUUCGAAAUGGUACAUAACUCGAGAGGAAUACCCGUAUGAUAUUUAUCCAAACUAUCCGUCCGGUGGUGCUAUUCUCAUGUCGAUGACUAUAGCCAAGUUAUUAAAAACGGCAUUCCCAUAUGUGCAAUACAUUCAUAUAGACGACGCCUAUCUAGGAAUAGUGGCUCAGAAACUCAAGCUUCCAUUACAAAAUGAUGAACGAUUUGAUGUUGUGCAUACACCACCUAUGCGCUUGAAAACUAUUUUUGCAUCUCAUGGCUAUGGAAAUCACCGACAACUUUUGGUCAUCUGGGAUGUCUUUCUAGCAACAAUGUCUUUAAAUUCGUCCACCGAUCUCAAUAACCAAUUACAGAUAUCAUGAAUACGAUAGCUUUAAUUUUACAAAUUAUUUUGAAUUGGUAUUUUUUUUUAAUAUUUUAUUAAAGCUUGACACGUCAUAGAA